GUUGUGUCCAGGUUUUGGCUACCACAAAUAAAGCUGCUGUGAACAUUCAUAUACAGUUGUUUGUAUGGCUUAUGCGUUCUUUUCACUUGGAAGGAAACCCUGGUGGCAUAGUGGUUAAGACCUACCGCUGCUAACCAAAAGGUCGGCAGCUCGUAGCUACCAGCUGCUCCUUGGAAACUCUAUGGUGCAGUUCUGUUCUGUUCUGUCCUAUGGGGUUGCUAUGAGUAGGAAUCGACUAGACCGCAACAGGUUUGGUUCGUUUAUUUGUUUUUCACUUGGAUAAAUACCUAAGAGUAGAAAGGCUGGAACAUAUGAUAGCUGUAUGUUUAACUUUAUGAGAAACUGCAAAACUGUUUUCCAAAGCGGUUAUAACAUUUUUUGUUCCCAGCUUCACUGAAUGAGAGUUCCCAUUGCUUCACAUCCUUGCCAGCACUUGGUGUGAUCAGUCCUUUUAAUUUUGCAAUUUUAAUAGGUGCCAAAUGUUAUCUCAUUGUAAUUUUAACUUGCAUUUCCAUAAUAACUCAUGUUGUCAAGGGUCUUUUCAUGUGCUUAGUUGCCACCCAUAAGCCUUUGGUGAAGUGUCCAUUUCUUUUGCCUGUUUUUUUCCUUGGAUUAUUUUUCUUCUUAUUGUUGAAUUUUGAGAGGUCUUAAUAUAUUCUGGAUGUAAGUCUAGAUAGAUGCUUUCUCCCUGUCAGUGGCCUUUUUAUUCCUCUUACAGUAUCUUUUGAGAACCAGAAGUUUUUAAUUUUGAUAAAAUACAUAUUUUGAUUAAUAGUCUAUGCUAUGGAUGACAUAUAUAAGAAAUCUUUGCCUAACCUAAGGUUACAAAGAUUUUCUCCUGUGUUCUCUCCUUGAUCUAAUAUAAAACCUAAAACUAUCAAACUUUUAGAAGAAAAUAUAGCAGAAAUUUUUAAGUUAAUUUUUGUAGGUGUUUUCUUUGUGGGAAUGUUUUUAACUACAGAUUCAGUUAUUCAACAGAUAUAAGGCUAUUCAGUUUAUCCACUUCUUGUGUAGUCCUUCAGUAGUUUGUAUCUUUGAAAAAUUUGUCUAUUACAUCUAAGCUGUCAAAUUUAUUGCUGUAAAGUUUUGCUUUUUUCCUGUAAUUUUCAUUCUGUGGUGUUUUUACCUGGUUUUGGUAUCAGGGAUAUGCUGGCUUCAUAGAAUGAGUUUGGGAGUAUUUCAUCCUUUUCUAUGCUCUGAAAUACCUUUAGUAGUAGUGGUGUUGAAGGCUUCCCGGCCAGAGCUUUUUUUUUUGCUGGGAGUUUUUUGAUUACCUUUUCAAUCUCUUAUUUUGUUAUGGGUCUAUUUAGUUGUUGUACCUCUGUUUGUGUUAGUUUAGAUAGGUAGUGUGUUUGUAGAAAUUCUCUCAUUUCUUCUAGGUUUUCAAAUUUGUUAGAGUACAAUUUUUCAUAGUAAUCUGAUAUGAUUCUUUUAAUUUCAGUUGGGUCUGUUGUAAUAUCACCUAUCUGAUUUCUUAUUUGGGUUAUUUGACUCCUCUCCUGUUUUUCUUUUGUCAGUUUGGUCAGUGUUUUAUCAAUUUUGUUAAUUUUUUCAAAGAACCACCUUUUGGUCUUGUUAACGGUUUCAAUUGUUUUUCUGUUCUCUAUUUUAUUUAAUUCUGCUCUGUUUUUAUUAUUUGCUUUCUUCUGGGGCCUGAGGGUUUCUUUUGUUGCUCUCUUUCUAUUUGUUCAAGUUAUAGGGAUAAUUCUUUGAUUUUGGCCCUUUGUUCUUUUUGUAUGUGUGCAUUUAUUGAUAUAAAUUCAUGUCUCAGCACUGCUUUCGCUGUGUCCCAAAGGUUCUGAUAGGAAGUGUUUUCAUUCUCAUUGGAUUCUGUGAAUUUCUUUAUUCCAUCCUUGAUGUCCUCUAUAACCCAGUCGUUUUUGAGCAGGGCAUUGUUCAGUUUCCAAGUGUUUGAUUUCUUUUCCCUGCUUUUUCUGUUAUUGAUUUCUACUUUUAUGGCCUUAUGGUCAUGCUUUGUAAUAUUUCGAUGUUUUGGAUUCUGCUGAGGCUUGCUUUAUGACCUAAUACGAGGUCUAUCCUAGAGAAUAUUCCAUGUGUGUUGGAAAAGAAAGUAUACUUGACUGCUGUUGGGUGGAGUGUUCUGUAUAUGUCUAUGAGGUCAAGUUGGUUGUCCCUUUAAUCAUUACCUAGUGUCCUUUCUUAUCCUUUGUGGUGGAUUUAACUUUAAAGCCUAUUUUGUCAGAAAUUAAUAUUGCCACUCCUGCUCUUUUUGGUUGUUGUUUGAUUGAUGAUUGAUACAGUUUUUUCCAUCCUUUGAGUUUUAGUUUGUUUGUGUCUCUAAAUCUAAGGUGUGUCUCUUGUAGGCAGCAUGUAGAUGGAUCGUGUUUUCUUAUCCAUUCGGCCACUCUCUGUCUCUUAAUUGGUGCAUUAGUCCAUUUACAUUCAGUGUAACUACGGAUAGGCAUUAGUUUAGUGCAGUCAUUCUGAUACCUUUUUUUGUGUGUCGUUGAGUUUCUUUUACCCACUUAAUUUUUUGUGCUGAGUAGCUUAUCUUUAUAUAUUGUCUUUUCCUCUUAUUUGCUGUAGUGGGUUUUGUUUCUGCUAAGUGUCUAUUUUUUUCUUGUGCUUCAUUUCGAUGAGUAGAAUUCUUAGUGGUUACCUUAAUAUUUACCCCUACUUUUCUAAGUUUAAACCUAACUUUUAUUUCUUUAUAUUGCCUUGCCUUCCUCUCCGUAUGAAAGAUCUAUGACUACAUUUCUUAGGUCCCUCUUUAUUGUUUUAACAUUGUCUUCUUUUACAUAAUGACAUCGCUGUUUCCCUGUUUUGAGUGGUUUUUAUCUUGAUUUAUUUUUGUGAUUUCCCUAUCUGGGUUGACAUUUGGUUGCUCUGUCCAGUGUUCUAGUCUUGGGUUGAUAUCUGAUAUUAUUGAUUUUCUAACCAGAAAACUCCCUUUAGUAUUUCUUGUAGUUUUGGUUUGUUUUUUAUGAAGUCUCUAAAGUUUUGUUUAUCUGGAAAUGUCCUAAUUUCACCUUUGUAUUUGAGAGACAGUUUUGCUGGAUAUAUGAUUCUUGGCUGGCAAUUUUUUUCCUUCAGUGCUUUAUAUAAGUCAUCCCACUGCCUUCUUGUCUGCAUGGUUUCUGCUGAGUAGUUUGAGCUUAUCUUUAUUGACUCUCCUUUGUAGGUGAAUUUUCGUUUAUCCCUAAAAAAAAAGUUUUUUUUUUAAUCCCUAUUCUAGCCACUCUUAAAAUUCUCUUAAUCUUUUGUUUUGGCAAACUCGAUUAUAAUAUGUCUCGGUGACUUUCUUUUAAGAUCUACCUUAUGUGGAGCUUGAUGAGCAUCUUGGAUAGAUAUCUUCUCAUCUUUCACGAUAUUAGGGAAGGUUGCUGCCAACAAAUCUUCAACAAUUCUCUCUGUAUUUUCUGUUAUCCCUCCCUGUUCUGGCACUUCCAUCACUCGUAGAUUAUUUCUCUUGAUAAAGUCCCACGUGAUUCUUAGGGCUUCUUCAUUUUUUAAAAUUCUUUUAUCUGAUUUUUCUUCAGAUGUAUUGGUGGCAAGUGCUUUGUUUUCAGUCUCACAAAUUCUGCCUUCCACUUGCUUAGUUCUGCUCCUCUGGCUUUCUGUUGAGCUGUCUAAUUCUGUAAUUUUAUUGUUAAUCUUUUGAAUUUCUGAUUGGUGUCUCUCUGUGGGUUCUUGCAGCUUAUUAACUUUUUCAUUAUGUUCUUGAAUAACUUUUUUAAUUGUCUAGCUUUUGCAUGCAUAUGAGGUGAUUGGGUCAGGCACACCUUAGUCAUCAAGGUGACAUCUUUGCUUUUUAACACUUUAAAGGGAUCUUAGGCAGCAGAUUUGCCCAAUGCAAUACAUCACCUGAUUUCUUGACUGCUGCCUCCAUGGCACUGACAGUAGAUUGAAGUAAAAUGAAAUCCCCAACAACUUCAGUGUUUCUGUGUUCUUCGUGGUGUUGUUCAUUGGCCCAUUUGUGCAGAUCUUUGUUUUCUUUAUGUUAAGGUGUAAUCCAUACUGAAAGCAGAAGUCAUUGAUCUUUACCAGUAAGUGCUCCAAGUCCUCUGUGCUUUCAACAAGCAAGAUUGUGUCAUCCGCAUAUCACAAGUUGCUAGCUAGUCUUCCUCCAGUCCAGAUGCCACAUUCUUCUUUAUAUAGUCUAGCCUUUGAGAUUAUUUGUUCAGCAUACAGAUUGAAUAAGUAUAGUGAAAGGAAACAACCCUGACACACAUGUUGCCUUAUUUCAAACCACACAGUUGGGUUAAUAGUGUUAUUCAAGUUUUCUAUAUCCUUGAAACUAUUUUUUUUACUUUUUAUCAAUUAUUGAGAGGUAUUGAAAUUUCCAACGAUAAUUGUGGAUUUGUCUAUUUCCUUCUGCAGUUCUGUCAUUGUUUGUGAUUAUAUUUUGAAGUUCUAUCAUUAGGUACAUAUAGGAUUGUUAGGCCAUUUUGAUAAACUGACCCUUUUUUCAUUGUGAAAUGAUCUUCUUUCUUCUUAUAAGAUCAUUUGCUCCAAAAACUGCUUUGUCUGAUGUUAUUAAUAUAUCUUCCGGCUAGUGUUAGCAUGAUGUAACUUUUCCUAUUAAACCAUUUGUAUCAUUAUAAUUAAGGCGUUUCUUGUAAGCAACAUGUAGUUGUUUUGCUUUUUUGUCCGAUUUGACAUUCUCUGCUUUUUACUUGGAGUUAUUUAAAACAUUUACAUUUAGUGUGAUGAUUAAUAUAGGCUAAAGACUGUCAUCUUGAUAUGUAUUUUCUACUUGUCUUAUCUAGUCUUUGUCCUAUUUUUGUCUUCUUUUGGGUUAAAUGAAUUUUUAAAAUAAUUUUAUUUGGUCUCCAUUAUAGAAUCAACUCGAUGGCAAUGGGUUUGGGUUUUGGGGUUAUAGCUAUAACCUUUUGUUUUAUUCUUUUAAAACUUGUUGUUGUAGGGUUUAUUGUAUACAUUUUUAUCUUAUCACUGUCUACCUUCAAAUAAUAUUAUGCCACUUUACAUGUAGUAUUAGAAUCUCAAAACAAUGUACUUCCAUUUCCCGCUUCUUGUUAUUUGUGCCAUUCUUAUCAUAUAUCUUACCUCUAUAUUUGUUAUAAGCCUUACAAUCCAUUGUUAUUGCUUUGCUUUAAAGAAUUCACUAUUUUGUUCAGAAAUUUUACAAAAUAAAGAAAAAACUGUUUUAUUUUCCCACAUAGUUAUCACUUUUACCUCUUUUCAUUUAACUGAGAUUUAGGGCACCCUUUGGUAUCAUUUUCUUCUGACCUGAAGUACUUCCUUUAAUAUUUUUCAUAGUGCAGUUCUGCUGGCAGCGAAUUCUUUGCUUUACCUUUUGUUUGUCUGAAAAAAGUCUUUAUAUUGUUUUCAGUUUUGAAAUACAUUUUUGCUGGGUAAGGUUUUCUAGACUGACCAUCUUUUUUUCACAGCUUUGGAGGUGUUACUUUAUAGUCUUGCCUUGCAUAGUUUCUAAUUAGAAGUCUACUGUCAUUCUUGUCUUUUCCUCUCUAUGUAAUAUGUCUUCUUUCCUCUGGCUGCUUUUAGGAUUUUCUCUUUAAGACUAGGUUUCUGCAGUUUGAUUAGGAACUGUCUUGUAUGGUUUUCUUUAUGUUUCUUCUGCUUGGCAUUUGUUGAGAUUCUUGGAUUGGUGGUGGUAUAAUUUUCAUCGAAUUUGGAAGAUUUUUGGCCAUUAUUUUUUCAGACAGACAGAUAGACACACACAAAUGUUGGCAGUUCAAACCCACCAUCCACUCCAUGGGAGAAAGAUGUCGCAGGCUGCUUCCAAAAAGAGUACUGUCUUGGAAACCCUAUGGAGUAGUUCUACUCUCCUGUGGGUUGCUAUGAGUUGAUUUGACUAGCCAGCAGUGGGUUUUUUAUUACGGGCAUAUGCCUGACUACUCUGCCCGUGCCUGUGUACUAUCCUGUCUCUUUUCUGGCUGGUGGGAACACAAAAUAUAACUGGCUCUGUGUGAACUUUGGAAAGUAAUUGGCUGAUGCUUUCCAGUGUUUCUUUUCCAAGCCCAGUGGAGUUUCACGCCACUCACAGGUCGUUACUCAGCCAAACAUUCAAGGACAUUCCUCUGUAAAUCUCCAGAGCUCCUUCUCUGUGCUGCUGCCUCUUCUCCUGUCCUGCAAAUUCUAGCUUUCUCGGCCUCCCUGAAGUCUGAUCUCUGUCUUCUCAAUUCCUUGAGAACUUUGACUUCUGUUUGGGAUCUUCCUCACCAUGCUGUUGUCUGUAAACUGCUUCCAGGCAGUAAUCUGGUUGCAGUUAUAGGAUUUACCUUAUUUGUGUUCCUGUUCUGCUUGUUGUUCAGUGUCUUAAAACGAUUGUUUCAUGUAUUUUAUUUGGUUUUCUAGCUGUUUCCCAUUGUUUCCUUUAAGUGAAUGAAUAUAAAUUCAACUCUGGUAAUACCACUUAGAUUCUAAAAGCAUUGCUUUUGUUAUUUUAAUUUUAUAUACAGUGAAACCUGUGAAAGGCAGAACCUGUAUAGGUGGAAACAUGUCAGAGAAGGAAAACUCAAAUAUAUUCCACUAAAAUGAGUGAUAGAAGAGUGGAACGACCACAUGCCAUCAAAGGCAGAAAACUUUCGAGACCUGGACGAACAAGGCAGUCCUGUUGAGUUCUGGCUCUCACAGGUUUCUCUGUAUAAGAAUCUUACCAGAUAUUACUUUUAAAGGGAAGAGUAUCUUAAACUAUUCUGUUUAUUAGAUCCUGAACUGUGUGUUUCUAAUAAUGAAAUUUAUUAAAGUAAGGAUAUUUAAUACAGAGAAUGAUCUCAUACAUCUUCUAUGAAACGGUUGCUUGUAAAAAUCAUUCCAGGCUUUUUGUGCUCAUUAGCACCUCAUUUAAAAGAUAGGCAUGAAAAACAAAUUAAAGAAAAUGAAUUCUUAUGUUUCUUAUUUUUCUACUUGUCCUACUUUUAGUGAAGGCGAAAAUGAUACUUUAGUCUUAAUUUAGGUAUGUUAUACCAUCUUUUACAAUGAUAAUUUUAAGUUAUACUCAAAAGUAUUAAAAUUACUUUCUUAGAAUAACCAAACCAAAUGUAUUAAGAGAAAGUUAGGACUGGACGUAGAAAAAGAAAGGGACAUCUGUGAUAACCAACCCAUGUUAGUUCUUUCACCAAUCUGUUGCUUCCCAGCUCAGGAAUAAGCCCUUCCUAGGUUCUUGCCUUCUACUGACCAAGAAUGACGAGGAGAGGCCCAGAGGUUCCGCACGAACAAAAGUUUAUUAGUGACAGAAAGAGGAAAGGCUUGCGAGCAAGUGGGUAACAGAUAGGGACCAAGCAAUGCUAACCUUUGCUCCUCUGAACAAAGGUUUUUCUGGGGCUUACAUGGGUUUGGUGAGGAUAAUAAUGAGUAUUUAGUAGGUUUCUUUCAAGGGACGAAUACUUCUCAAAAUGGCGGUGCAUCCUAAAUUAGGCUGUGCGCGCGUCUGGAAUCCAAGGUGGAACCUGUAGCAAAGGCUCCUGGGACUGGGUGGCGGGACUUAGUAUGGAGUGUCGUGCCUGCACAGUCCCCUUUCGGCGCGGGUUUGAUUCCUGUCUCAGGUACUUGCAUCAGGUGGAGGUCAUCUAUCAGUCACCUUGUGGAUGUCUGGGCAUGCUCCAGGGACCAGAUCGGGCUGGUCCUUCUGAAAAACAUCUUACAAGGAAGUACAUUGUUGGUUCUUUCCUUAUCUCAGGUUCCAGGAUGGGGGUUUGAUGUCAUUAGCCAAGCUUGCCGGUGUUGCAGGGUUCCUUGCCUAGGGGCCCAGUCCCCUUUUCUUCCCUAUCUCAGGAAGAGAAGGAAAAGAAGAGAAUAAAGACAAUGAAAGAUUGAGGAAAAAAACCAAUAGGGCAGGAUGAUUCCAUAGAACAUUUUAAGUGGAGUUAAGGAAUUUAAGCUUCCUUAUGAGUCGGAAUCAAAUAGAUGGCAAUGAGUUUGGUUUGGUUUUGGCUACUCCUGACAAAACCAAAGUCCACACCCAUUCUGACCUCUAAUACACAGAAGAUUAAAGAUAAUGAUUACAGUCCAACUGAGUCAGUAAGUUCAGUGUUACUUCUACCUGAAUAAAAGAGGAAAUAAGUGCUAUUGAAUGAAGAGGUAAGGAAUCCCUUUAUCGUUCACCUUUGCCGUCCUCUGGUGGGUGGAGGGAAUGUAGCAGGUCCCACUCAGCUUCUAUUCUGCAGGUUUUAUAAGCCUGAGGGGCGAAAGAGAGGCCUAGGCUGAACAGGGGAUUCCCAGAAUUAUGAUGCCACCUUUUCUUUGGGUCUGGUUCUUGAAAUCCUCGUUUUUCAAGAAUUUCACUACAAAAAAAUUGAUUAGCAAAUAGUUGAACUUGUCAGCAGAGACUUGGAGAGAUUCUGUUGACUUUGUUUUUGCACCUAUAAAAUAUUAAAUAUUGUGGGCAGUAGAAAAACAAGAAAAUAAAUGAUCCUUAGUAAUUAUAGAAAUAAAAAGUGGAGGGAAUAAAGCAGUGAGGGAAGGAAAUUGGUAAUGCUGUAAUUUUCAGGCAGAUUAAAAUUUGCAAAUGGUAGUACAGAAAAUUUAUCUGCAGAGCUAUUUCAUUAAAGUUCUGACUUGUGACAGCAGUCUCUGUUUAUAUUUAAAGAUUUGUUUAUGUUUUGUGAAGAUUUUAAAUAGCACACAUUUAAUAUUUACAAAUUUCACAUUACCUUCAAAUAAAAAAAAGUAGUAAAACCAAUAAAAAAAAUUAUAUGUAGAAAUGAGGUAAAACAGAUGAUUUAGACUAAUGAUUCCUGGAUUAGAAUACACCAGAAGAAAAUAAAGUAUUUUAUUACAGAGUGACAGUUGGAAAAUGUAAAUGAAGAAGCAAGAGGUUUUGAAGUGGCAGAACCCGACUAACAUUGUGAGUUAAAAAAAAAAACAAAAAAAAACCCAUUGCCAUCGAAUCGAUUCCGACUCAUAGCGACCCUAUAGAACAAAGAAAAAUUCUAUGAAAUAAAUUAAUCAUUAUGGGAAGACGGUUUUCUUCAAUGUGUGAAGAAUCACCUGGGAAGCUGAUUAAAUACUGAACUCCCUGAGACCCUCACCUUGUGUUGCAGGUGUUUAUGUACCGUGUCUUCGAAAGACAGUGAUAUUUAGACUUACAGUACACACACAAUGAAGUGUUCCAUUAAGUGCUCAUUUCAUUCGUUCUGUAGUUCUCUUUUCAGUGAACUGUCUUAAGUAUUAUCAACAACUUAGAGGGUAUCUGAGGUGGAUAAAGGGAGAAAUACCAAAGAAUGGAGGAGUUUAUCAAGAGUUAAAACUCUCUAUGGGCUGAAAUUAGCCUGCAGGCAGGUUUUUAUUUGUAUACCUGGUGUUUGUUUUGUUUUUUUCCAUCGCAUUUGAGUGCCCUUAAACCUAUAACCAAAGCCCAACUGCCAUCAAAUAGAUGCUGACUCAGAGAGACUCUAUAGGACAGAGUAGAACUGCCCCAUAGAGUUUCCAGGGAGCGCCUGGUGGAUUCAAACUGGUGACCUUUUGGUUAGCAGCCGUAGCUCUUAACCACUACGCCACCAGGGUUUCCAUUAAACUGUUCACUUGGUCACAUUCUCUGCAACUCCCUAUUGCCCUGCACCCCUGGCUUGUUUUUCCUUCACCUACCUGGUCAUUAAUGGCAUUGGAUUGUGACUGACCCUAGUGACAUCUUGGCUAAGAAUUGAUGACUCAGUUAAAAAACACAUCGCUGACAUUAGCAAAUAAUAUAAGUUGGUUGCUAAAAAAUGCAUAUAUCAGUAUUAUGUUUUGUCAGUUCCGUAAUCUCUAAAACCAGUUGCAGUCAAGUUGAUUCUGACUCCUAGCAACCCUAUAGGACAGAAUAGAACUGCCCCAUAGGGUUUCUAAGGAGUGGGUGGUAGAUUUGAACUCCUGACCUUUUGGUUAGCAGCCAAGCUCUUAACACCGUGCCACCAGGGCUCCUUUAAUUUUCCACACUAGUGAAUAGGCCAGAGCACUCUAAGAUACUACACACAAUCCGAAAGUCAUUUAUUGUUUCAGCAGUGUGUCUUGUGGCUUGAGGCUAUAGAUGUAUUUUUCUAAUUAUAUUUUAUUUGGUCAAUUGUUAAAGCUAGUGUUUAUUCUCUUUGUAUUGGCAGCAGGCUACAGCGGGGAAGCAGCUUAUAACUGACCAUGGAAAAAGUAGAUGGAGAGAUAGAGUUUAAAUUCUGGUCUUUAAAGGCACCUCGAAAAAGAAAUCGUAGCGAGAAUUUACUGAAAAUUUACUACACUCCAGGCACUAGGAUUAAUACAAUGAUUGUACUUUCAACCCUCCCAACAAUCUUAUCAGUUAAUAGUACUCUACUAUUCCUGUUACAAACAAGUAGAAACUGGUACUUAGAAGUUUAAGUAAUUUGCCCACAUUGCCUUUAUAAGGGCAUAGACUAAUAAUGUAGCGUUCAAUUUAAUAAGAACAUGCCUGCCAUUUAAGAUGGGGCUUUACUUUGGGACACUGCACAACAUAAGAUGCCAUGAGACUGACAUAUUACUUAGGCAACAUGGCCAACAUGUUUAGGUGGCACCAAGCCCAUGCUUAAACUUAUCUGCCCUUACUCAUUCUGAUUGGACGUCACCACAGAGCUCCCGCACUUAGCUUCCUCCAGCAGGGGCGAGGACACACGUCUGUUGCUCACUCAUCAUUUGAUGUGAGGAGCCAGCCUAACACCAUAUUAAAUAAGAUGGGUUCCUUGAUGCCUGUGACAGCCUUCUCACCUCUUUAUCUUGCAGCUCUGUGACCUUUCUUUCACUGAAGUUCCUCAUGAAAUCCCAUUGCCUGUGUGAAUCUGACCUAGUUGGAAAAGAACAAGCAAAUUCCCCAUGCUCUCUCCAGCCCUGCUGUGGGAUCAUUCACCUCUUAUUAAUUGCUUACCGUGCAAUAGGACAGGAGAGAGUGGCAAGAGCACAUUUAUCAAGCAAAUGAGAAUCAUCCACGGGUCUGGAUACUCUGAUGAAGACAAAAGGGGCUUCACCAAGCUGGUGUACCAGAACAUCUUCACAGCCAUGCAGGCCAUGAUCAGAGCCAUGGACACGCUCAAGAUCCCAUACAAGUAUGAACACAAUAAGGCUCAUGCACAAUUAGUUCGAGAAGUUGAUGUGGAGAAAGUGGCUGCUUUUGAGAGCCCGUACGUAGAUGCCAUAAAGAGUUUAUGGAAUGAUCCUGGAAUCCAGGAGUGCUACGAUAGACGACGAGAAUAUCAGUUAUCUGACUCUACCAAAUACUAUCUUAAUGACUUGGACCGCGUAGCCGACCCUGCCUAUCUGCCUACUCAACAAGAUGUGCUUAGAGUUCGAGUCCCCACCACAGGGAUCAUCGAAUACCCUUUUGACUUACAAAGUGUCAUUUUCAGAAUGGUGGAUGUAGGAGGCCAAAGGUCAGAGAGAAGAAAAUGGAUACACUGCUUUGAAAAUGUCACCUCUAUCAUGUUUCUAGUAGCACUUAGUGAAUAUGAUCAAGUCCUGGUGGAGUCAGACAAUGAGAACCGAAUGGAGGAAAGCAAAGCACUCUUUAGGACAAUUAUCACAUACCCCUGGUUCCAGAACUCCUCGGUUAUUCUGUUCUUAAACAAGAAAGAUCUUCUAGAGGAGAAAAUUAUGUAUUCCCACCUAGUUGACUACUUCCCAGAAUAUGAUGGACCCCAGAGAGAUGCCCAGGCAGCUCGAGAAUUCAUCCUGAAGAUGUUCGUGGACCUGAACCCAGACAGUGACAAAAUAAUCUACUCCCACUUCACAUGCGCCACAGACACCGAGAAUAUCCGCUUUGUCUUUGCUGCCGUCAAGGACACCAUCCUCCAGCUGAAUCUGAAGGAGUACAAUCUGGUCUAACCGUGCCUCCUAGACACCCACCCUUCCCUUCCCCGGUGGGCUAUUGAAGAGAUACAAGAGGGACUGUAUUUCUGUGGAAAACAAUUUGCAUAAUACUAAUUUAUUGCUGCCUGGUCUCUGUGUGAGCGUGUCCACAGAGUUUGUAGUAAAUAUUAUGAUUUUAUUUAAACUAUUCCGAGGAAAAACCGAGGAUGCUGAGGUACAGUCCCAGCACAUUUCCUCUCUUUUUUUUUUUUUAGGCAAAACCUUGUGACUCAAUGUAUUUUAAAUUCUCAGUCAUGCACUCACAAAGAGUUGUUUCUUUCUCUUUCUCUCUCCUUCUUUUUUUCUAUUGAGCAAAAUGAAGCUGAUUUCCCUAUUUCCUAACACAUCCCUCCCUCCUGAUUUUUCCCAGGUUACAAUGGCCUUAUCCUAGUUCCAUUCUUGGUCAAGUUUUUCUCUUGAAUGAUAUAGUCAGGACAAUGUCAUUCAAUGUAAGCCAUCAUACAUCAGCUUAAUUUAACAGUUGGCAGUUUUUGCUGAAGGAUUAUAAGUAUUAAUGCUAUGGUUUUAAAUGUAUUGCUCUGAAUACAGACAUAGAGGUUUUUUAAAUAUUGUCUUGCCUCACUUUGGAAUAGGACAGUGAGUGCCCAUCUUAAUGGUUAACUAUCAUUUCUUUGGAAUCUUUACCUUCAGCCAUAACUUGGUUACUCAGAGAAUUACACAGAAGUCAGCAAGGCAAGGGCAAAGACACACCGAAAGAGUCCCCUCUUUUAAAAUGCCAUCUGCCAUUGUCCUUCCUCCCUUCCCUGCUUCUUUUUCUUUUUUCCCCCUCUCCUUUAAAUCACAGAUGCCAAAAAAUAAGCCAACAGACACUACAUUAUCCCCAAUGGCUGCUGGUCAGAAUCUUUUAGCAGUUUGCUGUUAUUUUUUUGUUUUUUACUUUUUUUCGGUUCGAACUUUUCCUUCCUUUUUUUUUUCCGCCUUAGUGUUUGGGCCACAAUUUUAAAUUAAAUUUUAUUAUGGAUAUGUGUUGCCAAAGCUGGCUUUUUGUAAAAAAAAAUAAAAUAAAAUAAAUAAGAAGAAGCUUAAAAAGCCAGUAUCUUAAAAUCUGAGAGAGAAAGAGUGUGAAGCCAAAAAUGACUGGCUGAGAAUGAACCCGAAAUGCCAAUUGCCAAACAAUUGGCAACUGUAAAUUUGAUUCUCGUGGUCCAUUCUUUUCUUUGCCCUUAAGGUCACAUUGCUUAGUGUCCACGUUCCAUGUUCAGUGUCCAAAUUGGCAUUGUGGAAAAGUGUGCUAUGUGGAGCCACGUGAAAUCUGCUCACGUCUCUAUUUGAAGCCAGUUUUUCUCUCUACGUUACAUACGGGGGAGCAAGUUUGCCAAGAACAUUGGUUUAUAGUAUUAUUCUGACACCUAUGGUUUGCAAACUCUGAAGUUACUGAUGAUAGUUUACCACCUUUGGGAUCUUCUUGAAAUGGUGACUGGUUAAAGUGGACUUGAAGAUGCAUGGACUUAAAAGGAACCUCUUAAUGUUCUAGAGAACAUAUAUUGAUGUAACUGAACCUUCUAGGAGAGAUUUUGGGACCUCUAUUUGUGCAAUUUUUCAACAAAUGCAAAAAAAAAAAAAGCACAUGUAUUGAUGAGCUUCUCUCCAGCAGCUUGAGUCGAAAUAUGAUUUAAGAAAAUAAAUCAUGAUUGUUUUAAAGCUGCUGGAAAGUUAGAAUUAGACCAUGCUGCUGGUCUCAUUUUAACUACAAUACUAUUUGGCACUAGUGUGAACUUCUAUAUAAUUCACUCUUUUGAAACAGCAAAGGGGAGGGAGAAUUUCAUGGCUCACUAGAUGAGUACCAAAGUUACUGAAUGGUAAUGGCAUGUUCUCAUUCUUUAGUCUCCCAACCUCAAACAACACAGGCUACUUUUCUUUGCCUUCCUCCGAAAGCACCUGUAAUUUAAUUAGCAAAGAGACUGGCUGUAGGUAUAGUGCAAUUCUGAAUGCCCUAAUCAUUGUACAUACAUCUCUCUCUGGGUAUUGCAUCAUCCAUACUGGCUUUGUAAUCAUUAAUUUUUUUUUUUUUUUUUUGGCAGAUUGAAUGUGCUGUAUUGAUAUGUAUCUAUGUAAUUGUAUUGUAUGUCUUAUAGCUAAUUCACAUUUUGAAUAAUGUUAUUUUAUUUACUUUUUUAAGAGAGGAGAAUGUAAAUUUGUCAGUUUAUUUCUGACUAGGGAUUUUUUUUCCAUUUAGAAAAGAAGAAAAAAACAAACAAAAAAAAAACCUUACUAUCGUACAGAGCGGUACUAGCAUCGUGCUGUGUAAAAUCAUUUGCACAUUCCUGAGCAGAGGUAUACUGAUAAUAAGACCCAAAGGUCAUUUCAUAGCAGAAUACGUAAAAAUCAGUCAGAGCUUUUAUACAAACGUGGAAACCAACUUUGUAGAACUUUUGCCAUUUGACCUAGGAUUGGAAUAUGAGCUUUUAUACAAUUCAUAUUCUUAUUUGGCAAAUGCACAGUUUAGAAUUACCUCUCUGAUGGUCUUUAUUAGCAAGGCAGUUUUAGAAGCUAUUGUGAUCCACUAAGGAGAUGUUUUAACGGCUAGAGACCACUGCUUUGCCUGAAAGGGCGAUCUUAAAUUUGGUGCAGCAAAAAAAUAAAAAGUAAACAGCAACAUUUGAAGGCUUACAGUGUGUGUAGAGAAAACCUCAUCACAAGAUCCUAAGUGUUACAAUUUUAGGGAAUCAAGAUAUUCUAUUUAAUAGAGCUAUAGUAGAUAUAGUCGAUUAAGCCUGAUUUCAGAGCUCAAAGAAGCUGAGCAAAACAGAGAAAGAUGAUUAUAUUUGUCUUUAAGAAAUUGGGAUGGAAUUUGCUAUGCAGAAUCGAGGUUUGUGGCUUCACUGUUCACCUUAGGGUGCAUGACAAGAUCCUUUCUCUUGAGAGAGGAAACAAUUGAUCACCCUAGCCACAGUGAUGCGUAGAAACCUAAUUGUAUCCACACUAGUCAAUCAAAGCUAAAGGGUUUUCUUUUUUGUUCCUUUGGGGUUUUAUUGAAGGGGCUGGGGGUGGGAAGGGAUUCUUUUCAGUUUUGUAUAAAAACAAAGUUUACUCAUGCUUUAUAUUAUAUUGUGAUUGCAAGCAUUAUAAGCGUGUGCCACUGGUCUCCUGUUGUCCAUGCCCUAGGUAACCGAGGCCUGUGGCAAGUUUUAGGGUGACGUGGCAUGUCUUAUUCAGAAACAGCAACAAAAAAAACAGAAAAGCCGUUCUUCAGCAUACCAAGGCAAGCCUCCACUUCAUGACUCAGUUAACUCAUUGCAGUGUACCAGUUUACAGAUGAUUUUUCCCAUUUUGCGCGACACAGCAGUUCCAAUCCUCAGAGACAUCCUUAUUUGUAAAUUGGAGGUUCCUACUAUGCCUUACAGAGCUUAAAUUCAGAAGUUUUGUGCCUCAUGUCUGAAACAAAGGGAAAGAGCACACCUAUUCAUAUACGAGCAAAUCCCCUCCAAACGUCUUCUUUUUGUAACAGAUCCACAUAAAGAGCUCUGUUGAAUAUCACGAACAGACUAGGGGAAAACGAUCUUCUUAGGGACCUGCAUAUGUUGUUUACUAGCAGAUGAUGUCUACAAAAGGUAUUUGAAGAACGCCUUAAGCUUGUGGGUUUUUUUUUUUUUUUUUGUAGAUUAACUAGCAGGUCUAAUAUUUAAAAAAAAAAAGGUAAUUCAGCUAAAGGGCAAUUUACUUUUUGUACUUCACACUGUCUUGAUUGUCAAGGUGUAUGAACUGUAAUUUUAAAAUUUAUACUGCCAUAUGAUUAUCAAUUUUAGUUGUCGUAAGUUAGGAGUUGGUGAAAAGCUAUUUAUGCUGGAUCUUGGUCAAACUGAUUUUAUUAUUUGCAAAAAAUAAAAAAAAAUUAAUGGGAAGAAAGGGCUGCAUAAUGAGAUACUGCAAGAUUUAGAUAUUGGUUGGAAAUAACCUUCAAAUUACCCUCAAUUUCCCUUUGUUUUCAGUUUCGCAACAAGAACGAAUGAAAUGAAAUAUAGCAGAAUGUUAACCCAUAUAAAAAUAAAGUGUACCCAAAUAUUGUAAUGUA